UCAAGACAAGACAGUCCAAGUUUGUUUCAGCUUUCACAAUGGCGGCUGUCGCUACUGUUCCGGCGGUAGAGGCCUCCCGAAGCACGCUGUCAAUGCGUGAGAAAGCUAUGCUAAAGCAGGAGAUAAACAAAAGACACAAUGGAAACUUCUCUGCUGGGUACGUUCCUAUCUUUGAGAAUUCGCUGCACAAAACUGGUUUACGGGGUCGAAAAGCAUUUCUCUUCUAUGGCUUGGUGGUGGGUCUCUUCGUGGUGUCUCUCGCCAACCUUGCGGUGACUGUGAUGCUGUUGGGCGUUUUGCGCAUUGGAUAUGGCAUGGAAAGCCUCGAGUUUCUUCCCAGUGGCCGGCUGUUGAGGUUCCUAAACAAUGCCGACCUUGGGACAGUUGUUCCGCACAAGGGUGUCAUUGGAGGUUUUAAGGACACCGAUCUGCACAUCAUUGGGGAGUCACAACCGGUUGUUGUGAGGACUUCGGUCGAUAAGCAAGCUGGUCGGCAGAUGUCCGACACUGCUGGGCCAAGCCUGGAAGUUGGCCCUGACUGGACAGUAGUGAGCAAUGUCAAGGAGUUUAGAGUCCGUAGCCCAACCACAGGCCGAACAAUCUUCUCAACCGAAUACCAGGGUUUCCAACUUCCUAAGGGUAUUCCAAAUCUCAGCGUCAAAGAGGCCCAUGUGUCACGGCUGACCAGUGCCAAGCGUGACCCACUGAUCAUUUCAUCUCCUUACCAAAUCCUACUCAAAGGCAAUGGAGGACUGGAUAUGGAAGGACACAACAUCACUUGGUCAGCAGGACACAACAUCUUUCUGAGGAGUGUGAACCAAAGCCUUACUCUGGACGGCAGCAACGGCAUCCGUAUCCUAGCUGCUGGUCUGCCACGCUCCGAGAACCCUUCAAGCGAUGCCUCGUACUGGUACAAGCUGUGUGUGUGCAUGCCUUCUGGCCGCAUCUUCCGCGUACCAGUUCGGGAGCAAGGCUUUGGAUGCGGAGACGUGAGGUUUCCAGAAAGUGUCAACCCCUGUACCUAGGUGCGACUGUGCGGCAUCCUAUGCAUUAUCUCCACGUUACGAAGCUAGUCAUAACAGACAUCUUUAGGCAAAAUCAGUUUUUGAAGCAGUAGACAUGCUGAGGUCCCAAUUGUCAGUUUUCUUGUUUAUAUUUUAGAAGUGUCAUUGCUAAUGAUUUAAUGUAUAAAUAACUCUUUUCUGUGGUAAAUUUUUUUACAAUAAUUUUCUUAAUUAUUUAUAGCUGACUCAUGUUGAAUGACUUUGUUAUUGCAAUAUAAGCGGUUUUAUUUUCUGUUGUCUCUUACCAUCAAUUUUUGUAUGUUCUUUAGUUGCAGAUAGGCAUGGCCACAGAGAAAGGCUGUGAAGCUGUACAUUUCUUGCAACGAAAGUAUUUCAUUGCUUUUGAUAUCCCCCACAUGACAUGUCAUUCUCGGUGCUGCGAAGAAGGAGGCAAAGCAUUUCUGUUUAGCUGUGUCCACAUGAGAGAGGCCAAACUCAUCCUUGCAGUCAUCAGACACACCGCAAUUUUUAAACAAAGGGGAGCCAGAUUUCUGCUGCCUUUCUACCAACUGCGAUCACAAAAAGUCAGUUUUCUGGGAAGCUUGCGCCAUCUAGUAGCAAAGCAUUCACACCAAAAUGGUAAAAUGACUGCCACUCAUCAGUUGUGGCAUAAACUAUUGGGAAAAACGUCUGGACGAGGGAGUCUCAUCCUUGGCACAGGAAGGGUUACUGUGUGUGCAUCAAUUUCUUUUUUUUUUUUUUCACAGCUCAAGUCUGUUGAGUGAACAGCACUGCCAAAGCAUAUAUUCAUGAAUAUUUGUAACGGCAUGUGCACUUGCAGUCUUUUCAUUUUGCAGCUGUGGUGUUCUGCAGCUGGGCAUGAAGGUUGUAUUCCCAGCCAUGGCAGCUGCAUUUAAACAUGCAUUUAUAGAUUUAGGUGCUGUGAUCAUUAGAAAACAGCAGGUGGCAAAAAUUUAUUCAUGUCCUCCCAUUGGAGCAUCCCCCAUAUCCUGUUGUGUAAAGCCCUACCAGUUUAUUACCUUGAUCCAUCAAAACUGCCAUAUUGAAAACACAAGGCUCUUAACAGGGGCCUUUUCAGCUGUGGUAUGCAGUGUACGAAGUUCAAGCAUUCAAACGGUGUCAUACGCAUCUGCAUUACCAUUUCUUCAUCUAAAAAACAGCCCCAAAGGCUGCAUCUGUGUUGACCAAACUUUGGUGUCCCUCUCCUUUUACUAACUGACCAAAAUGGUGGUCUUUCUUCAGUCCUGGGGCUGUACUCUUGAUUUAUCACUUGGUAUGCCAGUUGAUUAGCCAAUAAGCCAACAAAAGCAGACAUGAAGAAGUCAUGCCUACUGUCAAGAUUGUUUUCGUGUCACGCAUUUUCCAAGUGCAUUAACAGAACGCUUGUUUCUCUACUGGGGGCUUCAUAUUGGACUUAACAUCAUGCAAAAAAGAUCCCUGGGAGUUCAAAAGAACAGACUGAAAGUUGUCAAUUGAGGCUACAACUUCAGGUGAAAUUUCCUCUGAAAUAGGAAGAAAUGUAGCUAUCACACAAACACUGAAAGAUGGAGCACUGGGGUUACAUUUUGUAGCAAUCCAUUACAUUUUCCUGUAUUUUUUUUUUUCACCCCCAUGGCCAUACUUGGACACUGCCAUUAUCACUGGGAUUGGCUAGUCGUGCUAGCACGACAGAUGAUAAAACAGGUACGGAAAAUGAAGUGCAUUGUUAGAAAAUGACCCCAGGUGCUCGUGGCUUGGUGGGAGUGUUUUAUCAGAGGGCCUAAUGUGCUACAGUCCCACAGAUGUCAUAGUUCUGACAUGUUGCGUUUCUGUCACAUUCUCCCUGUUAGUGUCAUUACUAUAGG